AUGAACACACCGGGUGCAUCCAGCUCACGCUACACGACACCUCCUCCGCGAGCGCCCCGGGCUCUGGACUUGACUCCAGAACAGGUCAAACGGAUUGAGCUGAACCGGCUCAAAGCGAAGGCCCGGCAACGCGAGAAAGAGGCACAGACAUCGGUUUCGUCCACCCAGAAUGCAAACGGUAAACGCCCUCUGGGCGUCGUAGCUGCAACCUCGAACUCUCCCACCGCGCCCAAGCCUCCGCCGAAGCUGAAGCGCGACUCUCGACUCGGGAAAUACUUCGAGUAUGAUUUGUCUAAGAUGGUCAACACCAAGGGCGGUUUCUUGGUUGAGGACGGGAAGGAGGUAGACGAAGAUAUGAGGGAGAAGGAGAAGGAGCGGGAACGGCAGCGGGCGAAGCAGAACUUGGAGCCUCCAAUAUUCCUGGAUCCGAAGCUCAACCCUCGUUGCAAGGAGUGCAACUCCAUGGACAUCGACCAGACAUACAAGAAGGUGUUCGGGUGUCUCGUGUGCAAUAAGUGCAAGAACGAGAAGCCGGAGAAGUACAGUCUGCUAACGAAGACCGAGUGCAAAGAGGACUACCUCCUAACAGAUCCGGAGCUCCGUGAUCAGGAGCUCAUGCCGCACCUGCUCAAAGCGAACCCGCACAAGUCCACGUUCGCCAACAUGAUGCUUUUCCUGCGCUACCAGGUCGAGGAGUUUGCGUGGAAGAAGUGGGGGUCGCCCGAGGCGCUGGAUAUCGAAUGGCAGCGGCGUGUCGACGAGAAGAAGAGCAAGAAGAACAAGAAGUUCGAGGAAAGCCUGAGAGAGCUGCGCCGUCGAACCCGAGAGACCGUAUGGCAGAAGCGGAAGGACAAGGAACACAAGCACAUCUUCGGCGUUGUGGAGAAGGACGCAGACGGUGUCGGCAAGCAAGUCUGUCAUGAGUGUGGAUUCACCAUCGACUGGGGACACGAACAAAUAUCCUCGGCCCUCGAGGUGGAACAGCUCGAUGUGAACCUCUAUCGGUCCAAGACGCUGUACUUGCCGCCGCGGGCCCGGGGUGUGUUCGGUGGCCAGGUUAUCUCGCAGGCGUUGGUGUCCGCGAAUAACUGCGUCGACCCCGCGUUCAGUUUACACUCCUUGCAUUGCUACUUCCUCCUGAGCGCAUCAGCCGCGGUGCCUAUUCUUUACAAUGUCGACCGCGUACGCGACGGCCGCUCCUAUGUGACGCGUGCCGUUCGUGCGGUCCAGCGCGGUCGCACCAUCUUCAUCAUGUUGUGCUCGUUCCAGCGCCCGGAGCCGCGGCAAUGUAACUUCCAGCUGCCUAUGCCGCCGAAUGUGCCCCCGCCGGACGCAUGUGAAGGCAUAGAGGCCAAUUACGAACGGUUGUUCAAGGAGACCUCGGAUCCCAAGGUCAAAGACUUCUGUCUCACCGCAUUGGAGGAACGCCGGCGCAGUCCCAUCGAGGUCAAGCUGGCCGGCGUGAGGGAAUCUGAGGACGGCAUGCCGACGUUCUUGUACUGGCACAAAGCGCGAAACACGCCUGUGCGCUACGAUCCUGCGUUCCAGAAGUGCAUUCUGAGCUACAUCUCAGACUCGCAAUUCAUCAGCGCUGCUCGUCGAACGUUGGCCUAUGUCAACCAGGGAGGCAAGGGUCCCACGACGGUCGUCAUGCAGACAUCCUUGGACCACGCUAUUAGCUUCUACAGUGACGACUUCGAUUGCGGUGACUGGCUGCUCUACGUCAUCGUCAGCGAGGCCGCGGCUAGUGGUCGAGGAUCGGUGCACGGCAGGAUGUAUACCCCUGCUGGGACCCUCGUCGCAGUGUGCAACCAAGAGGGUGUGGUUCGCAUAAACGACAAAGAGAUAGCCACGCCCUCUGCAAAGCCGAAGCUUUGAGCUCUUCCAGUUUCGAGUAUGUACACCCGGGGACAUUGUGCGUGCUGCUUGGAGUUGUAGAGGGUGAAGUUGGGGCAUGUUUGCAUACAUGGUCAUAUAGCGUACUUCACAUACAAUAAUGGAUACGGUGCAACCUUACAACCCUAGCACGACAUUUGCCACGGCCCGAGGAUCCUGGAGCAAACUGAAUGCGCGGGAGAUAGGAAGAUAGAUUGCGUAAGUAUACACUACCCGCGGUCGAGAGCUUUUCGGAGCGUGACAGAAAGCGUGGUGAGACAUCGAUGCGAUAAUCCAGGCGGCUAUGCUACUGCAUGGAGAGCGAAGGAGAGGGAGAGAGCCAGGAUCCAAAGAGACCGCUUAGUUCUUCCGACGGUACGAGCUCCCCUCCGUCAAUCUCGCCUUACCACCAGUAGGCUGGCAGAGGACGCUGCCGCAUGCCGCGCAGAGGACGACGGUCUGCGCGUGCGAGAAGACGGUCGUGAUGGCGAAGCAACCAGGGCACUUGACGUCCAUGAAGUAGGAGUUGGGGGACUGCACGAGGCGCUUGAGCUUGUGCCUGCGCUUCUCGGCAUCAGCGGAGGGGUUGAGGAGGUCGACGGCGAGAGUCAUUUUGUUGGCGACGGAGGGGGCUGUUGGAAGCGAGGGUCAGCGACGAAGGGAGUGGACUUUUUUACACGACGCCGAGGUCGACC